UGCCAUCCAUUAUUAUUAUUAUUAUUAUCUUUUCAUAUCUCACUAUAAGAAGAAAAUCACAAUACCCUUUAUCACACUAAUAGUUAGUUAUAGCAUAGCACUUGUCAUAAGGGGAUAAUUAAAAGAUGGGAGGAAGUGUUAGUGUUAGCAAGAGUGAAAGGAAGUUAUGUAAUGAAAAAUGUGUGAUGAAUUUGAAAGAGAAAGUGAGGCUUCUACAAGAGGAAAUAAAGGAGAUGAUGUGUGAGAGGGAGAAAGAGAGUAGAAGCUUUGAGAGAGAGAUAAUGGUUUUUACUUUUAAGGAGGCAGAUUGGAAACAAGAGAUGAAGAGAAUGAGAGAGGAAGUGAAGCAAUUGAGGAAGUUGGUGGGAGAGAAGGAGGAGAAGAUAAGAGAGAUGGAAGAGGUUGGAAUGGUGGAAAAGAAUAGUGAGAAAGAGUGGGAGUUAAUGGGAACUAAGUUAUUGGUUCAACAAAUUAAGGAGGAGAGAGGAAGGAGAGAUGAUGCUGUUGAGAAAUGGAAACAACUUUAUCUUGCAAUUAAGAAUGAGUUGGAUGAUCUCAUCCAAAGAACAUAUGAUGGAGAUGGUUUGUAUUGGAAAGCAGAGGAAAAGGACAUUCAAAUUGAAAAUCUGAAGAGGGAAUUGCAAGAAAAGGAAGAAAGCAUAAAAGCUUUAAAAGCUCAAUUAGUUUCAGUGGAGAAAGAAAGGUACAAAAAGGAAAGGGAAUUUGAUUUGUUAAAGCAAAGCUUGAGAAUCAUGAAUGGCAAGAAGAAUUCAAUUCAAAUUAAAGGGAAGCAUUUGAAAACCAAAUUGGGAAAAUAAAAUGAAAUUAAUAUGGUGCAUAAUGACUAGAAAGAAUAUUGCACAUCACAAUGUGGCUGAAUUAAAUAGGUAUUAUUAUUGUAUACUAGGUUGGUUUGUAUCUUAUAAGUAAAAUCACUUAUUUUCAUUUUAGUUCUGUUUUUUUUUUUUUUUUUACAUUUUUCUGAGAAAAAUAAUCAAGGCAAUACUUGAAUAGAAGAAAAGUCUUUUUCUUGGACCUUGAAAGGGACACAAAAUAUGAAGGUGGAUUAGCAAUUUUUCAUUGUGGACUGGAUUAUGUAGUCACUGAAUAUGCAAGGUAUAAGGAUUAGUGAAGGAAAGAAAGAAUAUGGUUUUAUUAUGUAGAUUUAAA